AACGUGUAUCUGUCCUUGUUUUUGGAAUUUCAUCCUCAUUAUAGGAUCUUAGGAUGGAAUUCUUUGAGAAAGCCAAAUCCGUCAGGCUAAAAAGCCACCACGGGAAAUUCUUACAUGCCAAUUCCAAUCAACAAACAGUGCACCAACAUCGUCAUGGAACUUCUAAGACUGCAAAAUGGACAGUUGAAUUUCCUGAAGGAAUCAAUAAUAAUGUUGUACGUUUGAAUAGUUGUUAUGGCAAAUACCUAAUGGCCACAGAUGAACAAUUUCUUCUUGGUGUAACGGGUCUUAAAGUUGUUCAAAGUUUGCCCAAAAAUUUGGAUUCCUCAAUUGAAUGGGAACCUGUUAAAGUUGGAUCCUUAGUGAAGCUCAAAACAAGAUAUGGGAAAUUUUUAAGGGCAAAUAGUGGAUUACCCCCUUUUAGAAAUUCAAUUACACAUGACGUACCUUAUAGACAUCAAGAUUGGAUCUUAUGGGAAGUAGAUAUUGUUGAGUUACUGCCCGACGUGACAAUAAUAACAACUAUACCUCACUUUCAAGCAAGUAAAGAAUUACUGUCCGAACCAAAGCCGGAAUUAUUAGAUGGUGAUUUGAGCUCAUCUUUUCGUCUUACAUUCUCCAGGUCUUCCAAGAUUCAUAAUCAGUCAAAAUUUGAUGCUGCCAUGACAAAGCCCGAAGGUCGACUGAUCUAUUAUUAUGUGGCAGAUGAGAAGGGAACUGUGAAUGAUGCAGUGAAAGGACCUUCAUUUCAGUUCAAAGGGCAAGGGCUAGAGGAACUGACUCAAAAGUUAGAGGAAGAAACAGGGCUCAAGAAUAUUACUUUGUGUUUGCGCAACAAAAUAAAUGGGAAUUUAUGUCCUCUUAAGUUAGAAUUACCACCCAACAAUGCAACUAUGCAUGUUGUGGUAGUGCCUUCAUCAUCUAAAGAUUCUACAUAUGUUAACGUGCCUAAUGCACCAGCACAAGUGAUAAGGAAGACGCAUUAGGUUGCUGUAUCUGUUGGAGUUAAAAAGCGCACAAUUUGAUGGAGAAUAUCAAGCUUAUGAUUUUACACAAAGAGCCUCGAUCUAAUUUCUGAAGUGCAAACCAAAGAAUAAAACCAAACUCCUAAGAUAUUAAUAUAUUAUACUAUAGUACCUUUUGGCUCCUUGUGUGGAAGGUUUAGCUUCUGUUAGAUCAAUAUAAAUAUAGUAGUCCUCAAAAAUCAUCUUUGUCACUCUUCAAUUUAGGUCAAAUUUGGCUU